AUGUCUGAUGAAGAUAACCGCUGGAAAUGGAACGAGUUUGUGGAAAUAGGAAGCACUAUACACAAGAUGAGAGGUCGAGUUCGUAUUCUGCAAGCAAAAUAUGCUCUCAACAUUGCAGAAAAACUUGUGGAAUCAAAAUUCAUAAACAAGGCCACUAUAGCCAACCGACAACUGUACGAAACUCUUUUACUCAAAAUAGCAGAGUAUCUGGAUGGAAACGCCGAGGUCAUUCAAACUGCUGUCAAGAAUUACUUCUUCUUUCAACACGGCAAGGCAGGUCUUGACGCAGAUCUCUUUGAUAUUACAUUUUCUCCAAAAAAGAGCGGCAUCCAAACUGGAUUCACUUGUAAUGUCAACAAUGGAACUCAAAGUGUUUGCUAUUACAUCAAGACGCAUCAAUACGGACCAACAGAAGACAAUAUAAAAAGCAUCAAACCACCAGAUAUAAAGGAGCUGUUUGUCUACAAGAUUCUGCAUCAUAUUGGAAUUGGUCCUCAAGUUCAUUUUAUCAUCCCAUCUCAUGGCACCAAAAAGACUAUCUACAUUGCGACCAAGGAUUGUCAUUUGGUCUUAUUGUCCAGCUUGACCAAGGAUACAGCAAACAACAAUGCUCUACUUCAAUUGGAUCUGAUAUCUCGCAUCCUCUGUCUUCGUGAUUGUGCUGACAACACUUCAAACUGUGGUCAAGUCGGUGAAAAGGCAAUGAUUGUUGACUUUCGUAUUGAAAAACAGUCAAAAGAUUACAUUAAAACAGACAUUAUGGACAGAUUCUACAAAGGAAAUGGUAAAUUCCAUUAUUCUGGAUUGAUGCAAAUCGCAGUCAAAACAACAAACGCUGUAAACAUGGAUACGAUGAACAAGUCGUUGUAG